UGGUAUGAGAUUCCAUACCAUUCCAUUCCAUUACAAUUUAGUGAACCAAACGACCCAAAAACAAUAAUUUCGAAUCAAAGAACAUAAGAGCAUGAUCUGAGCUCGUAAAGGUUCCCUACCUUAUUUUUUACGGAGAAAAAAAAAAGCCAAAACAGAAUCAAAUCGAAUCAAAUCGAAAACAAAACCAAAUGGGUUUAGCGACGAAUCUGCAGCUCGACCAUCUCCAUCCUCGCCAAAUUCAAGUUCAACAACGUCGUCGCUCAAUCUUCUCUCACUCUCUUCCUCGCACAUCAAAUUCUCUUUCUCUCCUCCCCUCAAAAUGCACUCCCUCUUUCUCAGGUCCGAAUUCUCGUGUCCUAGAUUUCAAGAUUACAAAAUGUGGGAGCUUUCGCAACGUGAUGGUCAAAUGUGUACCAAAAGAUAAUGAAUCAGAAUCAAUUGCUGUUCCCGAGGAAGUUGAGAAGAAAGAGGGGAUUUCAGAUAUCUUGAGCAAAGCAAGUUCUUUUUUGCCGCAUGUUGUGCUUGCAAGUACGCUGUUGGCUCUUGUUUAUCCUCCUUCUUUCACAUGGUUUACCAACAGGUACUAUGCACCAGCACUGGGAUUUUUGAUGUUCGCAGUUGGACUGAAUUCAAGUGAAAAAGAUUUCCUUGAAGCGUUCAAACAGCCAGCUGCCAUUUUUGCUGGCUAUAUUGGCCAAUUUGUAGUUAAACCUAUGCUUGGAUUUAUAUUUGGCACUAUUGCGGUAACAGUUUUUGGUCUCCCCACUCCAGUUGGAGCUGGGAUCAUGUUGACAUCUUGUGUCAGUGGGGCACAACUCUCGAAUUAUGCAACUUUCUUAACAGACCCUCAAAUGGCCCCGUUAAGCAUCGUUAUGACUUCAUUGUCUACAGCCUCUGCAACAUUUUUGACGCCUCUUCUAUCACUGCUUCUCAUUGGAAAGAGAUUACCCGUUGACGUAAAAGGAAUGAUGACUAGUAUUAUGCAGAUUGUAGUGGCGCCUAUUGCCACUGGCUUGCUUCUUAAGAGGUUAUUUCCAGAGGUCUGCAAAGCAAUACGGCCUUUUCUGCCUCCGCUAUCAGUUUUUGUAACAUCACUUUGUGUUGGUGCACCCCUUGCCAUCAAUAUAAAUGCUGUUAUGUCCCCUUUUGGGUUGACCAUCCUUUUACUUGUAAUUAUGUUUCACCUGUCUGCGUUUAUUGCUGGUUAUAUGAUGUCUGGCUUGGUAUUUCAUGAUUCACCUGAUGCAAAAGCUCUACAAAGAACACUUUCCUAUGAGACAGGCAUGCAAAGUAGUCUACUUGGUCUGGCACUUGCUAACAGGUUUUUUGAGGACCCAGUUGUUGGAGUUCCUCCUGCUAUUUCUACAGUUAUAAUGUCUUUGAUGGGGUUCUCUCUCGUUAUGUUAUGGGCUAAGAAGAAGGAAUAACGCUUUCAUGUACAACAACAAGUGCCAUCAUAAGUUAUGGAGGAAUUGGCAUAUUUGUAUCAACAUUAGGAAUAUCAAGAAUACAAGUUUAUAAUCAAGACGAGGACCCUGCUCGAUUGCCACUGAUAGUUUUUGGAGAACAAGCACAGUGGCACGUUUGAAAUUUUGUAUCAAACAUUAGGAAUAGUAAACCUUAAUUACACUCAUGUAAUUGUUGUCUCUAAAGCAGGUUUAAUUUGCUAGAUGUCUGAAAUAUUGUGUUAUGCACCUAAUAGUGUGUAGGUUCAGGCAGUGGCAUAUUUUUCCUGUACUGGGAGGCUUGCAGCUAGCCUCUUUUGUGUGUCAACAAUUUAUUUAAUACGAAGUAUAUAUAUACAACCAUAUCUCCUACCA